GUAGCAGCAUUUCUGUUUGAAGAGAGUGAGCAUAUUUACAAAUAAUCAUGACAACUUCUCAUAUGAAUGGACAUAUCACAGAAGAUUCUGACAGUGAAGCAAAAAAUGUGGAUCUUGCAUCUCCUGAGGAACCUCAGAAGCACAGAGAAAUGGCUGUUGAUUGCCCUGGGGAUUUGGGCUCCAGGAUGAUGCCCAUGCGGCGGAGUGCUCAACUUGAGCGAAUCCGUCAGCAGCAGGAGGACAUAAGGCGCAGACGGGAAGAAGAGGGAAAGAAACAAGAACUGGACCUUACUGCUUCCAUGAGGCUAAAGAAACUAGCACAAAUUCCUCCUAAAACUGGAAUAGAUAAUCCAAUAUUUGACACAGAAGAAGGAAUUGUUUUGGAGAGUCCUCAUUAUACUGUGAAGACACUAGAAGUGGAAGAACUGUUAACUUCUCUUAAGCAUAUCCAGCACGUUUUGGUAGACCCUCAGAGCCAAGAGGAUAUCUCUCUCAUUUUACAGCUUGUUCAAAAUACUGAUUUUCAGAAUGCAUUUAAGAUACACAAUGCUGUUACAGUGCACAUGAACAAAGCCAGCCCUCCAUAUCCUCUCAUCUCCAAUGCACAAGAACUAGCACAAGAGGUACAGAGUGUUUUGAAACCCAGUCACCACAAGGAUGGGCAGGAGCUUAAUGCUUUGCUGAAUGCCCCUCACAUGCAGGCACUUUUACUGGCUCAUGAUAAGGUUGCAGAACAAGAAAUGCAACCAGAGCCUGUGACAGAUGAAAGAAUUUAUGAGAAUGUUGGCGUGUACGGAGGAGAGACAGUUAAAAUAGUUCGCAUUGAGAAAGCUCGGGAUAUUCCAUUGGGUGCUACUGUUCGCAAUGAAAUGGAUUCUGUUAUCAUUAGUCGAAUAGUGAAAGGAGGUGCCGCAGAGAAGAGUGGGCUGUUACAUGAAGGGGAUGAAGUUCUGGAGAUUAAUGGCAUUGAGAUUCGUGGAAAAGAUGUUAAUGAAGUUUUUGACUUGUUGGCUGACAUGCAUGGUACUCUGACCUUUGUAUUGAUUCCCAGCCAGCAGAGCAAGCCACCUCCUGCAAAGGAGACAGUUAUACACGUGAAAGCGCAUUUUGACUAUGAUCCCUCUGAUGACCCUUAUGUCCCCUGCCGAGAGUUAGGCCUAUCUUUUCAAAAAGGAGAUAUACUUCAUGUGAUCAGCCAAGAAGAUCCAAACUGGUGGCAGGCUUACAGAGAUGGAGAUGAAGAUAAUCAGCCAUUGGCAGGCCUUAUCCCUGGAAAAAGUUUUCAGCAACAAAGAGAAGCAAUGAAGCAAACCAUAGAAGAAGACAAGGAGCCAGAAAAAUCAGGAAAACUCUGGUGUGCGAAGAAAAACAAAAAGAAACGGAAAAAGGUUUUAUACAAUGCAAAUAAAAAUGAUGAUUAUGACAAUGAGGAAAUUUUGACCUAUGAGGAAAUGUCACUGUAUCAUCAACCAGCAAAUAGGAAACGGCCUAUUGUUCUGAUCGGCCCGCAGAACUGUGGUCAAAAUGAAUUGCGACAGCGACUUAUGAAUAACGAAGUGGAUCGCUUUGCCUCUGCAGUUCCCCAUACUACUCGGAGCAGGCGAGAGACUGAAGUAGCUGGCAGGGAUUACCAUUUCAUUUCCCGACAGGCAUUUGAGAGUGACAUAGCUGCAGGGAAGUUCAUUGAAUAUGGAGAGUUUGAAAAGAACCUGUAUGGUACUAGCAUAGACUCGGUGCGGCAAGUAAUCAACUCUGGCAAGAUAUGCCUUUUAAAUCUUCAUACCCAGUCACUGAAGACACUACGUAAUUCUGACUUGAAGCCAUAUAUUAUAUUUGUUGCACCACCUUCCCAAGAGAGAUUACGUGCUUUAUUGGCCAAAGAAGGGAAAAACCCAAAGCCAGAAGAGCUGAGAGAAAUCAUAGAGAAGACAAGGGAGAUGGAACAGAACAAUGGCCACUACUUUGAUACAGCAAUUGUGAAUUCUGAUCUUGAUAAAGCAUAUCAAGAGUUACUUCGGUUAAUAAACAAACUUGACACAGAACCCCAGUGGGUGCCCUCUACCUGGCUACGAUGAGAGAGCAAUUCCAAGGGACAAAUGGACUUCAAUCUAGUAAUCUUUCCAAGGAGAUCGUGUGUAGGUCUGCGUGAUUCUAGUAUAAAUGCGUGUGAGCUCUAGA